AUGUCGUCGCGCUUCGUGUCCGGCGGCGCCAUCGACGCCGCGAGCGGCGAGGCCGUCGAGGUCUCAGCUUCGGCCGCUGGCGCCGGCGGCGCAAGCAUUGGCAGCGACGCGGGCGCGGGUGCCAGGAAGCAAGAGUGGGAGGCCGUGCAGAAGGAGCUCGAGGCCGAGCGGAGGCGGCGCGAGGAGAGGCAGAGGGCUGCGGCCGAGGGAGGCGAGGAGAAGAGCUUGUAUGACAUCCUGCAGGCGAAUAAAGGUGUGCUUUUACUGUCUCUGUCUCUCCUUCAUGGGCGGGCUGGGCGCUGUCUGUCUGCGAAACAGGCGGCCUUUGAGGAGGCCAACAAGAUCAAGAACCAGUUCCGCGCGCUCGACGACGACGAGAUUGACUUUCUGGACGAGGUCAAGGCCAGGGCGAGGAGGGAGGAGGAGAGGCUGAGGAGGGAGACCGAGGAAGGGCUCGGCGCGUUUAGGAAGGAGCAGCUGCGGCUGGAGAAGGAGGCGAGCGGUGGGGGAGGCGAAGAAGCUGACGGUGGCGAGGGGGAGGGGGAGGCACAGGAGAGCUGGGGCGGCGGGCGGAAGAGAAAGAGGAGGGAAGAGAGGGCCGGUGUGAUCAAGGGCGUCAAGAGGAGACCCUCGAGCUCCGGUGUCGCUACGGGAGAGGGUGCUCGCAGCUCACAAACAACAGGAGAGACUGUGAAACAGCCCGAUGGCGAAGCAGCAGCAAAGGAUAGCGCGAAGACGAACGAGGGAGCAGAGGGUGUAGCCGCUGCCAAGCAGCCACCGGCAUCAGCCAAAUCCGCUGCUCCGACUGCUAAGCUGGGACUCGUGGAUUAUGGCUCGGACUCGGACGACGACUGA